CAAUAGCAGGAUAUCGAUACAGACUCAGAUCGUCUAGCAAGUUGUGCACUGACUGCUGCUCGCGCCCGUGCUUACUGUGCUCGCGCGGAUUGAGAUUGUGCCGUGCGCGCGCAUUCGUAAUCGUAACCGGAAAAGGAGUCGUCAUCAGCGCAAUGAUACACUUCUUUGGAUUUCAAGAAGGAUCAUGUCCAUGGAGAUGAGAUCUGACUUUCUGUGAUGGGUAUCAUAGGAAGAUGAAAAGAAACACCAAAUGAUAUGAUUGUCCUCCUCACACUCAUCUACUAAAGAGUUAAUUGUUGGCCAUCUUAAAGUGUUUUAUAUUACAUCCUCGAAACCAUGGUGGACAACCGCUAUGCCACGGCGCUGGUCAUCGGCUCUGUGCUGAGCCUGCUUGCCACUGUCUAUCUCUCUGUUGCCAUGGGAACACAGCACUGGUACCAGUACCACAGUCAGCCGGCCAGCAACGAUGCCAACAACGAUGCCAACAACGGCACAUUCCUGGAGGCUCUGCAGCGGGACUUUGAGGACGUGGAUGAGAGUGUCUACAGUGUCGCUCUCUUCCAGCUGAAUGGCACGCUGGGUCUCUGGUGGCGCUGCAUUCUCAUACCCAAAGAGCAAAAUCCGACAAUGGUGACUAAAUGUCACACCUUUACUUUGGCUCAGCAGUGGGAAUCAAAGUUCAAACAUCCUGGAAAUAUUAACAGCGGAGAAGAUCUGCUGCGUACCUACCUGUGGAAGUGUCAGUUCCUGUUGCCGCUGGUCUCUGUUGGGCUGGUGUUUCUUGCGGCAUUGAUCGGAGUGUGCGCCUGUCUAUGCCGCAGUGUCACUCCCACCCUGUUCGUAGGGCUGCUGCAUCUGGUGGCCGGCCUGUGUUCCCUGGCCACCGUAUGCUGUUUCCUCAUGGGUGUGCGUCUGCUACAUGACAUAUCAGACCUGCCAGAGGGCAUGGUCUCCUCUCUGGGUUGGUCCUUGUUUUUGGCCGUGGUCUCGUCUCCGCUGCACAUCAUGGCUGCUGCACUCUUCAUAUGGGCUGCGAGGAGUCACCGCCAACACUACACUCGAAUGACAGCCUACAGGGUUGCCUAAGAAACAAGAGGACUGACUAUAGAGUUGCUCUGAUAGAAAGCACACAGCCAUGCUUGCUUCAGCAACUGCUUUUGCCACUAACCUAGCUGUUAUUUGCAAAAGUUAUGAAGGAAACAGUCAGAACACACCACCCAAAGUUAGUAGCACCAUCCACUCAUAGCACUCUCCUGUGAAUACUUACAUCUCUUGAAGGAUCUUCCUACUAUAUAACUGCCUUUUUAACCACUCUGUUAGCAUCUUCGCUGUUUAAGAUGAGAAACUAAACCUCUCUACCACAGCCAAUCAGACUCUUGCGUCUAUAAACAGUAACACUAUACAGUGGUUCCUCAGGGUGUCACUGUUUGUUUAGUCACAUUUUACCUGUUGACUAAACUUAUUUUGAUGUGUUUAGUUUCAUAUCCUCCUUGUGUUUUAAAAAACACCUAUGUUUUUAUUCAGCCUGAGUUGUAGCUACUGACAUUGUGAAAAGAGCGCUUUGCAAUCCCAAGAUGCAGCAGGGUUUUGCCUUGGCCCGAAAGAUUGUUUGCAUCUGUCAUAAGCAGUAACCACUCGAGCCUUUUGUGUUUUCCUGAACGUUUGUUGUGCUUAUUUAUUAUUUUUUUCUUGUGCUUUGCAUUGGUUAAUCUGUUUACCAUAUAGUUUCUCUUUGAGAAUGUAUUACAUCAUGUACAUUACACUUGUUUAGUAACUUUGUUUAGAAUCCAAUUAUAAUGUUUUGUGAUGGUUCAGGUAGCCAUUUAAAACCAUCUCAGCUGUGGUUUAUAUACUUAUUUGUACUUCAUUUGAAGUGUUUAGCUGGUGCACAGUGUCUGAUUUUCACCGUAAUGUUCGACACAGUUUACUGAUUUUAUCAGACGUUUUGCGUAGAUUGAUUUGACAGCAAAAUUACUUAGGCGGUCCAUAUAAAGCCAAAAUUAGCAAAAGACACUCAAAAAAACACUGGCGAAAUUAGUGCAAAAUUUAAAAAAAUUUUUGUCAAAUGAUGUGGGCAAGUGUCUUAAAACAUCCAGUUACUGUUGUUGUUCAUCAUGUAUAAUAUGCACACUUGGAUGCAAAAGACCUGAGAUCAUCACUGAUAUCAUAUUGUAAAAUAUUACAAGCAACUGAUGGUAAAAAUCACACCGUGUACAUCCAGCUUCAUUUGAUUUCAUUGUGCCAUGCGGUUUAUUCUGUGUUGUAAUAUUUGAGAUGUUCUUUUUUUUAUUCCAAGCCUGAGAGAGGCUUGAUUUUCUCAAAGCAAUCAGGUUGAGAGCAACAGCUUAUGAGCAAUACAGUCAAGAGGAUACCUCACACUCCACAGCCCACUGUGACAUCAUCAUGAUGGUGUCCCAGAUACUUCAGACGGUUUUGCCUUUUUUAUACAGUUUUGUAAGCAUUUCUGUUAAAUGAACACUUUGCUGGUCACAAUAAAUAUCUUUUCAUCCAAAA